AUGUCCCUCUUAUCCCUCCUCAUUCUCAGUGUCAUCCUCACCUCAGCUUACUUCUACGUCUCCCAUCGUUCCCUGGCUUCCCGCAUCCACCCCGUCUUCCAUACCGGCACUCUCCCCAAAUCCAUCUCUUCCUCUAUCCUGUCCAUUCCACCCGCCGUCUACACAAAAGAAUACUUUUCCCUUCAUAAUUAUGCCUCACGAUCCGUUCCGCGCCAUCUCCUUCCAUCACACGAUCUCCCCGCUCUCUUUGUUCUGCUCCUCCGCCGCAACUUGACUGUCUUCUCGCACUUCCCCAAAGCCUGGAAACAAAGAUCAACCUGCUCCAGGGCACUGAGUAGGACCUUUCGCUCGUCCUAUAUACAAUCCUUAGACUUCAACGAAGGCGACAUUGUCUGCAAAGUCUACCGGGUUCUAGUCCGGAAGCCAGACCGGGUUGAAUUCGACGUGGACAUGGAAGAGUGUGACGGGCGGUGGGUGCUCCGGUACUGGAAGGAGGGCGAGGACGUCGUCUUCUGCAGUGAGACAAUUAGCUGGCGACCGACUGAGACAGAGACCCCCAUGCCGGGGGAGAAUCGCAUGCUGCGAUUCAUCCAUGAGACAAUGGCGUGGUGGUUGUUGGAUUCGGGGGUGCGGUAUCUGAUGGAUCUUGAUGGGGAGUCGGGGCCGGAGGAGGAAGAGGCAGAGGAUAAAGAGCUGGUCAAGUAG